UUUUUACCGCAUAACUCUCCCAGUUCAAAACCGCUUACUUAGUAACGCUUCAAACCGGUUGCACAGCAUUCGUACAAUUAUCAGCGCUCAGUCUGUCGUGAACCUUCAGCGAUCACGCCAAAACAACGAUGCUCAAGUUACUUCUACCUUUACUAGCAGCUACAGUACUUUUGAACGGCCGAGUCUCGGUGGCCCUGCGGCUUUCGGAAUUGAAAUGCCAGCAAUAUCUGGAGCAGAACAGCCGGCGCACGAUGGGCGCUGCGCUGACGUUCAAUCCGGACAUUUUCGUCGUAACGACCGUCAACUGCUCGGACAGCGUCGAUCUGAUCGUCAACGGUGAGGAGGCGGGCCGGGGAGAGUUCCCCCACCAGGCGCUGCUGGGGUAUUCGGACGGCGGCGACGGGUACGAGUUUCAGUGUGGAGGAUCGCUGAUCAGCGAUCGGUUCGUGCUGACGGCGGCCCACUGCGGGACUCCGAGGGUGGUUCGGUUGGGCGAGCACAGCUUGAGCGACGAAGAGGACGAGGAGGACUUUGAGGUGGGCGCGUUCUACAAGCAUCCCGGUUAUACGGUGAAGGCUUCCUACAAUGAUAUUGCGCUGGUGAAGUUGGUUAGGGGUGUUGAUUUCUACAACUUUGUACGACCGGCGUGCUUGUGGACCAGUACGGAGUUGAAUAUAUCUACGGUGAUCGCGACUGGGUUUGGGCAUACCAAGUUUGCUGGCAGUGGUUCGAAUGUUCUGAUGAAGGUACGGCUGAUGUUCAUGCCGAAGGCAUCCUGUCAGGAAAAGUUCGAAUUCGAUAGACGGUUCAAGCAGGGCGUUCUGGACGGACAGCUUUGCGUGGGAAGUCAAAAGGACGGCAAGGACACCUGUCAGGGUGAUUCGGGAGGACCGAUCCAGACCGUAACGGACCCCAAGACGUGCAUGUACCACAUCGUUGGGGUGACCUCGGUGGGCACGAGCUGUGGCGCCGGCAAGGCCGAGAACAUCUACACCCAGGUGGCCAGCUAUUUGGACUGGAUCGAGGAUACGGUUUGGCCGGGACAGCGCGAGCUGGACGAAGAUGAUGAUGAAUAUUGAUCGUUUUGUACUCAAUGUGGCAAAUAAAACGCUUUAAGUAGAAACUUUGUA